UGGCCGGUCUCUGUGAGUAUUCUCGGCCCUCCCUUUGCUGGCAACAUGGUCACCAAAAUUCUUCUCGUGUCUCUGGCUCUCUUCGCCCUGGGAACCUGCCAGCUUACCAUUAACCUGUGCACCCAGUACGGAUGGCCAAACGGCAACUACCCUGACCCUUACGACUGCCUGAAGUACAUCAACUGUAAUGGCGCCAUUGCCACGGUGAUGUCGUGUGCUCCGGGCACCGUGUUCAACCCCAACACAAGGAACUGUGACAAUUACGGAAACGUGCCCAUCUGCCAGUCCACCCAGCAGAGCCCUAUUGUCGUCACCAACAUCUGCAACCAGUUCGGCUGGGGUAACGGAAACUUCUACCACCCUUACAACUGCGCCCAGUACAUCCAGUGUGCUAACGGACUGACCACUGUCAACGCCUGCGGAGCCGGACAGUACUACGACCAGUCUCUGGGAAGAUGCGCUCUGGCCGGCACGGGAUACUGCCUUCAAUACGUGUUCACCCCACCCCCGACACCCGUCGUCUACCCCGAUG